AAGACAAAAGCCUCUGCUUGCCGUCAUCCACCGGGUCAAAAAUGAAACCACACGAACAGCGGGGAAGCUUCCACCUUCACACAACAUAUCUUUUGUUUUUGCACCUGCCACAUGUUUAGAGACGACCAGGUCGGCACAACCGAGCAGGGAGGUGAUUCAUUAGAAGAGGAAGAAAAAGAAAGAGCGAGACAAAGAAAAAAAACCAUCGAGUUUCUCUUCCACUAAAAUGAAAGUGGAGUUGAGUUUAGAAAUGCGAGGCAGUGAAUCACCUGUAGGUCCCUCCCAGAUGAGUCUGUACAUGAAGAUAACUCAGGUUAUUACAGCUGAUUCACAUGAAAUCUGACUGAGCUGACAACACAUCCAACUUUAACACGAUGUCUGACAACAAAACCAUCGUUUUCUUUGACCUGGAGACAACUGGAUUAAACACUGACGUGUGUGACAUCAUCCAGUUGUCAGCCAUCUGUGGAGAGAGGGUCUUUAACGUCUAUAUCCUCCCCCGCUGCGCCCUCACUGAGAGCGCCAAACAGGUGACGGGCUUCACCGUCAGGGAUGAUGGCCUGUUUCUCCGCGGGGUUCAUGUGCACACCACCCCUCUUGUUGAGGCUCUCACCUCCUUCAUCGCCUUCCUUCGCUCCUUCCGUCGCCCUGUGCUGCUGGCGGCCCACAAUGCAAGGGGGUUUGAUGCACCUGUACUCACCAGAGUGCUGAACCAGUGCUCCCUCCGGCAGGAGUUCCAGCAGGUGGUUUCUGGAUUUGUGGAUACCUUCCUGCUAAGUAAGAAUCUCUUUUGUGGUCUGUCCAGUUACUCCCAGGAGAACCUGGUCCGGCACUUCCUGGGAACGACCUACAACGCCCAUAAUGCUGUUGAGGACGCAAGGAUGCUGCAAGAGCUGUACAAAACAUGGGAGCCGAAUACACGGAGUGUCUCGAGAUGUACUUUCAGGGCAACCCAGGUGUUGCUGUAAAGCUACUGUAAAAAAAUAAGAAAAAAUGUGAUUUAAAAGAAAAUAUGCUGUUUGAAAAUGAAGCUAUUUGUUGCAGUUUUGUACUCAUGUUCUCUCAGAUGGUUGGACAGGUAUUUGUAACAUCUAGAAAAAAAAUAAAUUUCUGUGAUCAGAGACAAAUAAUGUUAUAGCCAAAAAUCACAGAUAUGUCAUGUUCAUACUGUAUCAUGAUUUAUAUAUUAUUUACUGUUGUUGCUUUGUUGUGUAAUGUUCUGUAACAUGUCUAAAACGCAAGUAUUGAUCUCUUUCCAGUUAAUAGUAGCACCGUGAAACCAUUAAACUUCUGUUUAAUCC